AUGAAACUAUUGGUGCUAUUAUUUAUUACUGGUUGCAGUUUUGUUCAUGCGAUUCUUCCAGAUGGCUCCGAUUGUCCAGCGGGAUAUUUCUGUUUAGGUCGAGGUAUUACACCAGUCCCAUGUCCUCCAGGAACAUGGAGUAAUGCUGGUGCUUUCCAAUGCACGGCUUGUGAGCCAGGAUAUUAUUCAACAACAGGCGGAUCAGCUUAUUGUAUAGCAUGUGAACAAGGUCACCACUGUUUAUCUGCUAGUUUACCUCCUCAACCUUGUGCAUUAGGACAUCAUAAUGAAAAAUUAGCACAAACAAAAUGUGUUCCAUGUGCAAACGGUACUUACACACCUUCACAAGGUUCAGUUAAAUGCACACUCUGUCCAGCAGGUUCAUCUUGUGCAGAAGCUGCUGACUUACCCAAAAAAUGUUCGCCAGGUAAUUAUAGUACUGUUGGACAAGUAUCAUGUACACCAUGUCGUCCAGGUUACUAUACUACUAAAAAUGGUUCUGCACGAUGUGAUGCAUGUCCUGUCGGUCAUUAUUGUGUAAAUGGUGAUGAAGCACCACAACCAUGUGCACCAGGAACAGCUAAUGCAUUACAGAAUCAAACUGCUUGUGUCCCAUGUGCCAGUGGUACAUAUAGUGCUUGGUCAGGAGCUGUCGAAUGUGACACAUGUCCAAUUGGUAGUUAUUGUGAUAAAGUAAAUCAAGCUCCAAAACCAUGCAAAGCAGGAUUCUAUUGUUUGGAAGGUCAAACUGAAGGUAAACCAUGUCCUACUGGUUAUCAAACAACAUUAACAGGCCAAAGUUAUUGCAGAAUUUGUUCUCCAGGACAUUCAUGUCCAAAUGCUGCUGGAAAUCCCAUUUUGUGUGAAGCAGGUUAUGCCAAUAAUCAACAUGGUCGUGUUGAAUGUGAUCUUUGUCCGCAAGGAACGUAUGCCGAUGUGGCUGGACUUGCUUAUUGCAUCACUUGUCCCCCCGGCAUGAUUUGUACGAAUACUAGAAUGUCACCAAAAGCAUGA